GCUGACCCCACGUAUGCUGACCGCGAAGCAGCAGCCCCACCAGCAGCAGGAGCACGCGCCGCCGCUAGACCAGCACCAACAGCAGGAGCAACACCCGCCGCCGCAGCAGCAGCAGCAGCAGCAACAACAACAACAACAACAACAACAACAACAACAACAACAGCAACAGCAGCAGCGACAGGUCGGCCGUCUCCCGCCCGGAGGGCCGGGCGCCGGCAGUGGCGAUGGUCAAAGUGGUCGUGUGUAGGAUCCUUUGCCUUGUUUAGCAUAGG